UCCGCCGGCCCCGCGCCCGGCCAGGACCGCGCCGGCCCCAUGGGAACCAAGAGUAAAGUCAAAUCAGCGCCAAGCUGCUUUGGCUACCCCGUCAGCAUCUUCUUCAUCGUCAUCAAUGAGUUCUGUGAGCGCUUCUCCUACUAUGGCAUGCGAGCGGUGCUCGUUUUGUAUUUCAAAUACUUCCUGCACUGGGAUGACAACUUGUCUACAGCCAUCUACCACACGUUCGUUGCUCUGUGCUACCUGACACCCAUCCUUGGAGCGCUCAUUGCAGACUCUUGGCUGGGGAAGUUUAAGACCAUUGUUUCCCUGUCCAUUGUCUAUACAAUUGGGCAGGCAGUGAUGUCUAUAAGCUCCAUAAAUGACCUGACUGAUGCCAACCGGGACGGCACUCCGGAUCAUAUUGCAGUGCACGUUGUCCUGUCCGUUGUUGGCCUGGUCCUCAUUGCACUUGGUACUGGUGGCAUCAAACCUUGUGUGUCAGCAUUUGGUGGAGAUCAGUUUAACGAUGAUCAGGAAAAACAAAGAACUAGGUUUUUCUCUAUCUUUUAUUUGUCUAUCAAUGCUGGAAGUCUUAUAUCCACUAUAGUCACCCCCAUUCUCAGAGGUCAAGAAUGUGGCAUUCAUAGCAAACAGCGAUGUUACCCAYUAGCCUUUGGAGUUCCUGCUGCCCUCAUGGCUGUGUCACUGAUUGUGUUCAUAAUUGGAAGCRGAAUGUACAAGAAAGUUCAGCCUCAAGGCAAUAUAAUGGUUGCAGUUUCCAAAUGCAUUGGAUUUGCCAUCAAAAACAGAUUUCGGCAUCGCAGCAAGGAGUUCCCCAAGAGAGAGCACUGGCUAGACUGGGCAAGCGACAAGUACGAUAAGCGACUUAUUGCUCAGACUAAGAUGGUGCUGAAGGUGCUUUUCCUGUACAUUCCUCUCCCCAUGUUCUGGGCACUCUUUGACCAGCAGGGGUCAAGAUGGACGCUGCAAGCCACAACCAUGGAUGGGAAUUUYGGAGCUAUUCAGAUUCAGCCCGACCAGAUGCAGACUGUGAACCCAAUCCUGAUUAUUAUCAUGGUCCCAGUUGUAGAUGCUGUGAUUUAUCCUUUAAUUAAGAAAUGCGGGAUCAAUUUUACGCCGCUCAGGAGGAUCACGGUUGGCAUGUUCCUUGCAUCUCUGGCUUUUGUGGCUGCCGCCCUUGUGCAAGUGCAAAUAGAUAAAACUCUUCCUGUGUUUCCUGCAGCUGGGCAAGCUCAAAUCAAAGUAAUAAAUCUAGGGUCUGUAAAUGCAGCAGUUCAGUUUCAACCCGGACUGAAGAACGUGACUGUAGAAUCUCAUAAGGCAUCAGACUAUAUGAUAUUUAAGACGUCUGAGUUAAACAGUGUAUCUGUAAUGUUUGGAAGUCAAGCUGCAAAUCCAGGGAUGGACUUGAUAGAUGGAAAACGUCAGACUCUUGCUGUUAAAAAUGUUGGAGCAACCGUUGUAGCUGAAUGGCUGCAUGACAAUAUCACAUCAAAACCAGAAGAAGGAAACAAUCUCAUCAGGUUUAUAAACAAUAUGGAUCAGCCCAUCAAUGUCAGUAUGGCUGGCACUCACUUUGGACCCCUGCCAUCUCUGUCUGCCAGUAAUUACGAGGCCUUUUCCAGAGGAAGUAAAACUAUUACUGCGAGCGCAAGCUCAUUUUCUUGUGAAGUUUCCUCAAUGACAUUUGGAUUUGGCAGUGCCUAUACGAUUGUAAUUAAUGGGUGUUCUGGAAACUUAUUAAACACAACGUAUGUUGAAGAUAUUCCACCCAACACAGUCCACAUGGCUUGGCAAAUCCCCCAGUAUUUUAUUCUUACAUGUGCUGAAGUUGUUUUCUCUGUCACUGGAUUGGAGUUUUCAUACUCACAGGCCCCAUCUAACAUGAAGUCCGUGCUGCAAGCAGGAUGGCUGCUGACAGUGGCUGUUGGUAACAUAAUUGUCCUAAUAGUGGCUGGAGCAUCCAAACUCAGUGAGCAGUGGGCAGAAUAUGUGCUAUUUGCUGCCUUGCUGUUGGUGGUUUGCAUCAUUUUUGCUGUCAUGGCUUACUUUUAUACUUACAUUGAUCCGAACGAGAUUGAAGCCCAGCUUGAUGAGGAUGAGAAGAAACAAGCCAAAAAGGAGAAAGACCUUGAAAAGGAAGUAGAAGCUGUCUCUCGGAUGUAAAACGUGUAUUCAAGGAGUGUUGGAAACUGUGGUAUCCCAUUAACUGGCUUUGCAGUAAGAGGAACUGGGGUAUCGGCAAUGACCUCUGCAUAAACUCUCUUUUGGGAGAGAUUGAGAGAAACUGUUCUACCUUUUUAACUUAAAAUGCAGCCUCUCUUGGGAAGCAAAGGGAAAAGGGAAAGUCUGUCUUGUACAGAACAUGGUGCCCUGAAGAAACUGCAGCAGAAUUUGCACUUUUAAAAUGGACCUCAAGCUAAAAUGCCAAAGCUUUAAAGUACUGAAUUUGCACUCAGCACUCUUAAACCCUGUGAAAAGAUGUAUUUUUAUAACGUGUUUCUUUUUUUUUUUUUUAACCAUGAAAGAGGUGGAGUUGCCAGUAAACAGUAAUUGAAGCCCAGCUGUCUGCACGAGCCCUGUAGUCCCACUGUUACUUGAAAGGUGCAGGUCACAURCUUUGGAAAUUCAUUGUGCUUCCUUCUGAAUAUCGGGAGCAAAGCUCUGGGAUCUCUCAGCUCAGAAUGCUGCCUGUGUUCCACGUGGCAAGAACCAGGACAUGCAAAGCAUCACGUAAUAUUUUAUGUGCCCAUUAAUAGCAACAGCAAUAAAAUUCACUGUAACAACGUA